GCUUUAAAGCCUACGAAGAGCUGCGGCUUUUGCGCUGAGAGCCGAAGUGCUGAGAGUUUCGACCUUCCGAACUCUUUCUGUCCGUUUCUGUCCGUCUCAGAGGCUCGUGAUGGCGCACUGGGCUGCGUUCGGGCUGCUGGUGGCGCUGCUGGUCAUCACCGCGGAGAGCAGACCGGCCACUCAGACUCAGCACGAGACGCUGAGGGAGCUGCUGGGUGACGAGCUGGCUGACCUGGUGAUUUCAGGGGACGCUGAGCAGGCGCUGGCGGCCCGAGCCCGGCUCCUGAGGGACUUGCGCGUGGACACGCGGGCGAAGGGCGUGUGGGCGAGGAUCAUGAGCGAACAGCCCGGCUCACGCAGACAAAAAACAGGCUCGAAGAAAGCAGGCGGCACCACCCGCAGCGGCUGCUUCGGACACAAGAUGGACAGGAUAGGCACCCUCAGCGGCAUGGGCUGCCAGCCCGCCCACUACCCCUCCGCUAGCAACCUCUCAUGAGUGAUUAAAGGACGCCGUUUGGAUUUGGACAUUAUUGACUUAGUUGCUCCUCUUUUGGGGGAAAAGACCUCAAAGGCGCCGGAUUAACGGUACAGAAGCGCCACGACCAGUUAUGGGGACGAACAUCAUUUAAACCAACAAAAAAACACACACAUGUAUAAACGACAACACUCCACAAGAUUUGGGGACAGUGGUGUAAAAAAAAAAAGAAAAACUCGCAAAGCUGUAUAUUGUCGCUGCUGCUGUACAUUCAUGUACUUCAUUCCA